UCGCUGCGAUUUCUUGUGGCCCGGCGCCUCCCAAUUGCGGCCGGGGCCCGGCUGCCGAACGCCGAGCGGAUAACGAACGUCUGGCGGCGGCUCGCGGCGGCCUUCCUCCUCUCCUUCCUCGCAUCGCAGUCGCAGCAGGCUGCAGGCAGGCGUAGCGUAGCGUAUCCGCCUCACCCCCACAAAACCAAAUCGCUUACCGUUUCGGUUCGCAUAGCAGAGCUGCUCGUGCAACAGGCCAAACAACCCCAGAGCCGGGGGAGCGUCGGUGGCUGCUACCGCUAGGCAGAGACAGGGGGCAGAUUGAGAGAGGUGGGCAGAUGGCGACGCCGUCGUCGUCGCUUUGCUCCAGCUUCGCCUCCCUGCGGACCGCCUCCAUCGGCCACCGUCGUGGCCUCACCUCCUCCACGCCCAGGAAGGGAUUCCAAGCGAGGGCAUCAGCUCGUGUUGACAAGUUCUCAAAGAGUGACAUCAUUGUGUCCCCUUCGAUUCUAUCUGCAAACUUUGCCAAGCUCGGCGAUCAGGUAAAAGCUGUGGAGGUGGCAGGAUGCGACUGGAUUCAUGUUGAUGUCAUGGACGGGCGCUUUGUGCCAAAUAUCACAAUUGGACCUUUGGUUGUUGAUGCUCUGCGUCCAGUGACUGAUCUUCCGUUGGAUGUACAUCUGAUGAUUGUGGAACCGGAGCAGCGUGUCCCUGAUUUUAUCAAGGCAGGUGCUGAUAUUGUUAGUGUCCACUGCGAACAAACAUCUACUAUCCAUUUGCACCGAACAGUCAAUCAGAUUAAAAGUCUAGGAGCAAAGGCAGGAGUUGUUUUGAAUCCAGCGACUCCACUCGCUGCAAUCGAUUAUGUUCUUGAUGUUGUUGACCUGGUGUUGAUUAUGUCUGUGAAUCCUGGGUUUGGUGGCCAGAGCUUUAUCGAGAGUCAAGUAAAGAAAAUUGCAGAAUUGAGAAGGUUAUGUGCAGAGAAGGGAGUGAACCCCUGGAUUGAGGUUGAUGGUGGUGUUGGUCCGACAAAUGCCUACAAGGUUAUUGAAGCUGGGGCGAAUGCCAUAGUUGCUGGUUCUGCAGUUUUUGGGGCUCCAGACUAUGCUGAAGCUAUCAAAGGAAUCAAGACCAGCCAAAGACCUGUAGCUGUACCCGCAUAAGGAACUGGACGUGUAAUCAUUUACUCUGUGCAAGUUUACCAGUGUUGUGAUUUGUAAAGAUGUGUGUCUUGUAUUCUUAUCGAGCCAUACAUUAUACUGGAGAUGAAAGGAGGCGGAGGCAGUGGAGAAAUAUCAUUUUCUUUCUCAUUUUCCACGAGGACGCCGUGCACUGCUCCCAGGAUGCUCUGUUCAGUUAACGACACACAGGUGGCGCAUGAACUAGCUAGAGUAGCUUUAUUUUUGAAAAAAAAAGUAUUUGAGUCGAUGAAUCCUCUGGUUUUAUUUUUGAGACUCUGGUAAACGAUGUAACCAUGUUUGAUAAUCAAUAAAGUGCGCUGCAUGGCUUCCUCAAAA